GUCCUCAUGACCUUGAUCUUGCAACACGCAUAUGUAAUGGUUUACGACCAGAAAUCGUUACCAAUACUCCGGAAGUAUACUUAUCACUAAUGAAAAGAUGCUGGCAUCAAAAUCCUGAAGAACGUCCUAAUGUUAUAGAACUAUGUGAGAAAUUAGAUAGUUGGGCAACGGCUAUACAACAUAAUCCUACUUCGAUGAUUUCCCGACAAUUUCGAGGCGUUAAUAGAGAAAGAUCCGUAUUCGAGAAUCGAACUAUUGACUCUAUGGCAAUAUACAAUA